AUGGCGUUGUGGCCGCGACGGGUCUAUACCCGCAAGAAGAGGGGCGGCCAGCGGCUCAACCUGACCCCGACGCUGGACCUAGGCCCGUCAGUGACGGCGGAGGCCCCCUUAGGCCAGGAAGGAAAUGACAAAGCGCAUGGUUUGCGGAAGAUCGUGGAGAAAGCGGAGCAGAGUGGACCAGGAGGUAACAGCUCUGGGCCGCUGAGCUCUCAGUUACCUGUUACCGGAGAGAGAAGCCUGAAAGAACAUAGUGCUAAUGAAGAGACCCAAGAUGAGAGGAUUGCUCUGUUGAGUGACUCAGUGACUGAUGACCUCCAUGUUGACAGUAGUUCAUCAAAUAGUGAACUAGUAUCAGAAGUAAGUUUGCAGCAUAACAGUUCUAGUUCUCUUCUGAGUUAUUCAAUCACAGACUCUUACACAGAAUACAAGAGUUCUGAAGAGAGUUUAAGGAGCUUCUCAUCACCUGAACUCUUCAGAGGGUCAGAUUAUUCAGAUUGGGAGUGCCCCAAGUUGGAAGGACACCUCCAACACAAGAAUUCCACUCUUCUGGAUACCAGUAAAGCAGUAGCAAUAGAGAAGGUACCACAGUUUCUAAACCUUUCUUCAAUUUUAGGUACUUCUUCAGAAGACUAUCAGAAAUGCCAGAGAAAAAUAGUGAUGACAUUAGCAGAUGAAAAUUUUCCUCCAAAACCAGAGAGUACUUCAAAUUCAGAAUCAGAUCAUGCAGCUUGUGAAGUUGUACUUGCUAAGAAAACUUACCCUUCAAUCCCUGAAAAAACAAAGAAAAAGAACACAAAUUCCAGUAUUCGUGAUAAGAAAAGCAGAGGCCUGCUAACAAGUACUCCAUCUACACAAACAGCUGGCUUAGAGAUUGAUCUGUCCUCAGUGAGAAAAGCAUCUUUUGAGGAACUGUUUCCUAAUGUCAGCAACUAUGUUAAUUCAGAUGAAAUUGUUCCUGUGUCAAGUUUGCAAGAAAAUUCUUCAAAUGAGAUUCCUUCAAAUACAUCAGAAAUAUGUUGUAUUAUUAGAGCAUCACCAGGAACGAGACAAGUAAAAAGUAAAGGUGUUAUUUUAAAGAAGAAGAAAUAUUCUCUUCCUAAAGACAUUCCUCAAGGUACUGUAGUAUGA